UGGCGUCCUCUAACGAGCCCCAAGCAAACGCCGCCACAGGCAGUGGCCCCAGUGGUGAAUCGGCCACCUUGUUUUCCAAAUUAAGAAGUUUCUCCAUUGGCAGUGGCCCUAAUUCGCCACAACGCGUGGUCUCCAAUCUACGCGGUUUUGUAACAAAUCGCUUAAGUAAUAUAGCACCCAGUGAUACAGGCUGGAAGGAUUCGAUACUUUCAUUACCCAAACGAUGGCUUUCCACUGCAGAAUCGGUAGACGAAUAUGGAUUUCCUGACACACUUCCCAAGGUACCUGUCCCACCGUUGGAACAAACCAUGACCGACUAUGUGCGGGCUCUAGAGCCCAUUACAACACCUGCCCAAUUGGAACGUACCAAGGCCAUAAUCAAACAAUUUACUGCACCAAAUGGCUUGGGUCCAAGACUACAUCAAUACCUGACGGAUAAGCGUGAGGCCGAAGAUAAUUGGGCCUACUACUACUGGCUGAAUGACAUGUACAUGGAUGUCCGCUUGGCUCUGCCCAUCAACUCCAAUCCGGGUAUGGUAUUUCCUCCACGACGCUUUGAUACGGUCCAUGAUUUGGCUCGUUUUGCGGCACGCAUUCUCGAUGGUAUUGUCUUGCAUAAAGAAAUGCUGGACACCGAUCAAUUGCCCCAAGAGAGAGCGGCUUCGCGUGAGAAAAAUCAACCACUUUGUAUGGCUCAAUACUAUCGUCUGCUGGGUUCAUGUCGAAGGCCAGGUCUAGAGCGAGAUUCCCAAUAUUUGCCACAAAGAAAGUCGGAGAGUCACCAUGUCAUCAUAACCUGUCGCAAUCAAAUGUAUUGUGUGGUCCUACAGGCCGAAGAUCGAGGAAAACUUUCGGAGAGUGAGAUAGCCUCACAGAUACUCUUUGUGCUAAGCGAUGCCCAAUGUUUGCCAGCGAAACCACCACCGUUUGGACUGCUUACCGCUGAACCCAGAACGAAAUGGGCCGGAGAUCGGGCCACGCUUCAACUGGAGGAGCGUAAUCAGCGAAAUAUUGAUUUAAUAGAGACUGCACUUAUUGUCUUGGCUUUGGAUGAACCCAUACCGCUGAGCUUUAAUGCUCGAGGUUUCACAGGAGCUACACCUUCGCAUCACUUUGCGGGAGGGCGUGAUGAAACGAAUAUGGCUCAUGAAAUGUUACAUGGAGGUGGUAGUGAAUAUAAUACCGGUAAUCGUUGGUUCGACAAGACCAUGCAAAUUAUCAUCUGCACCGAUGGCACUUGGGGUCUGUGCUAUGAACACUCCACCUCGGAGGGUAUAGCGGUGGUGCAACUGCUCGAGAAGAUCUACAAAAAUAUUUUGGAUAAUCCCAGCGAUGAUAAUGGCAUACCGCAACAUCAUUUACCACCACCAGAACGUUUGGAGUGGGAUAUAGCGCCAGAAAUUCAAAGAAGAUUCAUUGAAGCUGCCGUCAGUGUGGAUAAGGCCAUUGAUAAUUUGGACUUUUAUGUGUAUCGCUACAAGGGUUAUGGUAAGAAUUUCAUUAAAGCCUGCCAAGUUAGCCCUGAUGUCUACAUACAAUUGUCCCUGCAAUUGGCUCACUACAAGUUAUAUGGCCAUUUGGUGGCCACCUAUGAGAGUGCUUCAACCCGACGUUUCCUAUUGGGCCGCGUCGAUUGUAUACGAAGUGCCAGCACCGAGGCUUUGGAAUGGGCCAAGGCCAUGUGUCAAGGUGAGGGCGCGAAUGUAACUCUGGAAAGCGAUCGCGAAGAAGAAGAGGAUUCUCGCAAGGUGAAAUUUAGCAUAUACAGCAGAGAUCACUUGCGUGAACUCUUCCGUUGUGCGGUGGCCCGCCAAACUGAAGUCAUGGUCCAAAAUAUCCUCGGUAAUGGCAUCGAUAUCCCUUUGCUUGGCCUGAGAGAGGCCAGUCGUGAGGUUACUGGUGAAUUACACGAACUCUUCACCGAUGAGUCUUAUGCCAUUUCACAAUGCUUCCUGUUAUCCACUAGUCAGGUGGCAUCUACUACAGACAGUUUCAUGGGCUAUGGUCCCGUAACCCCCAAAGGUUAUGGCUGCUCAUACAAUCCACAUCCGGAUCAGAUUAUAUUCUGUGUUUCAGCAUUUUACGAAUGUGAAGAUACAAGUGCUUCACGUUAUGCCAAAUCCUUACAAGACUCGUUGGACAUCAUGAGAGAUUUGUUGCAGAAUUAAGGAACCAACAACAUAAACACACGAAAAACAAAAUAAAAACGAAAUAAUUUGAACUUUAAACUAAAAAGUAAACACUCCCCCCUUCCAAGGUGAAAGAAAAGGAACAGAAAGAAAGUAAAACAAUAACAAUACAUAUCAUAAAAAUGUACCUUAACAAUAAAAUAACACAAACACACACAAAUAACAAGCAAAACCAAAGAAAAUAAUUAAUUGAACAAAUUUUAGAAAAAUUAUACAACAACUAAACAAUAUAAGUUAAAGACAUGACAGAGUAUAUAUACACAUAAAAAUAUGAAAGUUUAUCAAAAAAAUAGAAAAUUUUAUUGAAUGUUAUUAAUGAUUUAACUGAGUAGGGAACUUACAUACGUCAACGCAUUCACUUGCAUAUAUACACAUAUUAACAUACUCAUACGAUAUACAUAUAUAUAUUGAAGUUAAUUAAAUGAUAGCAAAUGUUUAGCAAACUGUUUCAUAAAUUAAAGAAGUAAAUGAGGACAUGCAUAUUUAUAUAUAAAAAAAAUAAUAUUGUAUUGUAACAAAUUAACACAGGCACUCACCCUAAAGACUAUAGAAAAUUAAAUUAGUAUACCAAAAUUAUUGUCAAACAAAAAAUUAAUAUUUAGAGUUAACACACACACACAAAUACCGAAUGUACGGAAAAUAUCCAAAUUUGAAAUUUUUUAAUGCAUUUGACACCACCACCACCACCGAAGAAUGGGGUCAUUCCGUUUGCAACGCAUCGAAAUAUCCAUUUCUGACCCUAUAGAGUAUAUAUAUUCUUGAUCUUUACGCUGAUCAUGGCUAGAUCUUAGACGAUCCGUCCGUCUGUCCAUCUGUCUGUUGAAAUCACGCUACAGUCUUUAAAAAUUGAGAUAUUGAGCUGAAACUUUGCACAGAUUCUUCUUAUGUCCACAAGCAGGUUAAGUUCGAAGAUGGGCCAUAUCGGACUAUAUCUUGAUAUAGCCCACAUAUAGACCGAUCCGCCGAUUUAGGGUCUUAGACCCAUAAAAGCCACAUUUGCUGAAACUUGGGAGAGUGAGUUGUGUUAGGCCCUUCAAUAUCCUUCUUUAAUGUGGCCCAUAUCAGACCAGAUUUGGAUAUAGCUGCCAUUAGACCGAUCUCUCGUUUUAAGGUUUUGGGCGCAUAAAAGGCGCAUAUAUUGUCCGAUGUCGCCGAAAUAUGGGAAAGUGAGUUAAACUAAGCUCCUUGACAUCCUCCUGCAAUAUGGCACAGAUCGGUUCAGAUUUGGAUAUAGCUGGCAUAUAGACCAAUCUCCCGAUUUAAGGUUUUGAGCUCAGAAGAGGCGCAUUUAUUGUCCGAUGUCGCCGAAAUUUGGGACAGUCAGUUAAACUAAGCCCCUCGACAUCUUCCUGAAAUAUGGCACACAUUGGUUCAGAUUUCGAUAUAGCUGGCAUAUAGACCGGUCUCUCUAUUUAAGGCUUUGGGCCCAUAAAAGGCGCAUUUAUUGUCUAAUGUCGCCGAAAUUUGGGACAGUGAGUUGUGUAAGGCCCUUCGAUUUCCUUCUUCAAUUUGCCCCAGAUUGGUUCAGAUUUGGAUAUAGCUGACAUAUAGACCCAUCUCUCGAUAUUAGGUUUUGGGGCAAGAAAAGGCGAACUUAUUGUCUGAUUUCGCCGAAAUUUGGGACAAUGAGUUGUGUUAGGCCCUUUAACAUUCUUCUUUAAUUUGGCUCAGAUCGGUCCAGAUUUGGAUAUAUCUGCCAUAUAGACCCAUCUCUCGAUAUAAGUUUUUGGGCCAAGUAAAGGCGCAUUUAUUGUCUGAUUUCGCCGAAAUUUGGGACAGUGAGUUGUCUUAGGCUUUUCGACAUCCCUUUUUCAAUUUGGUUCAGAUCGGUUCUGAUUUCCAUAUAGCUGCCGUUUACAAAUAUCUCUCUAUUUAAAGUCAUGGCCUCAGUGUCUUAUGUUAGGCUUUUCGACAUCCGUGUCGUAUAUGGUUCAGAUCAGUCUAUAUUUGGUAUGGCUAUCAAAAAGAUCAAUAUUUUGUUCUACAAAAUUGAACAAUGACUUGUACUUAUUAGACCUCUCAAUAUCCAUGUCGAAUUUGGUCCAAAUCGAACCAUAUUUCGAUAAAGCUGCUAUUGGGGCAUAAAUUAUAAAUCUUUUAUUGGAUUAUAACGAAAGGUGGUUAGGUGGUUUGUAUAUAUACCCGCGGUGGUGGGUAUCCAAAGAGCUCAGCCCGGCCGAAUUUAACGCCGAUUUAUUUGUUUUGGAGUAGAAUAUUUGGAUAUGGUUACGUAAAGUGGCAUUCUGCCAUCAAACUCACUUAUACGCUUUCGUCCAUUGGCUGUCUUGUUUGGAACCAUUCGUAUAGAAGUCAAUGUAACUUUUAUUACAAGGGAUUUCGUAGUUCCAAUCAGUUCUAUCAGGAAUAGUGGUACAGUACUUUUUUUCAAAAAGCGGCUCAGGCAGAGUGUAAUCCACACUGCCUGGAACGUUGGUCAUCAAGGAUAACACAGUGUUCGUACCCGCCACAAAACCAAGGAGAAAGCUCGCUUAGCCUCACGGCAGUGAUCGUAGCAAUUUGUCUAGCCACAAUGUCCAGAGGCAUUAGAUGCAACAUUAAAUUUAGUGCAUCAGAUUGUGUCGUCCUCAGUGUGGCUGUGAUGCACAAACAGGCCAUACUUUGGAUCCGGUUGACUAUUGAACAGUAGAUUGACUUUUGAAGUACCGUCCACCAGACCACAACAGUAUAUAGCAAUAUAGGUCUGACAACUGCAGUAUAUACUCACUGCAUGACACGCAGGUUUAAAUACAGAAAAAAAUUUCACAAACAUUUUUUCAAUUAAAAAUUUAAUUGAAAACAUUUUUGUUCAAAUUAAUUGAGCCAAUAAUUUAUUAAUUGAAUCUGGAUAUUUUUUUUUUUUUUCAAUUACAACUGCGACUGAAAUUUUCAAUUAAAAAAUUAAUUGAUUCAAUCAUAUUUUUAAUUAAAUCUGAACGGUUAGUUCUUUCAAUCAUUUUUAAUGGAAUCAGAAACUUUAUAAAGUUACUGCCUCGCCACUGUUUCUUUUAUAGUUCGGAAACCAUAUUUUCCGUUUCGUUUUUGGAAAAAACCCCAGAGUUGUUUUGUUUCUAAGCAGGAGUCAUGAACAAAACAUAAACCUCAAAUUCGUGUUGCAGGAGUUUUAAAUAUGUGAAAUAUGUUACAUCGAAAUCGAAGGUGCGCCCUAUACAGCGCACUUUUCGCAAAAAUUUUAAUACUUGAAUAUAUUGACAAUUAAAUUUAUAGUUGAUCCAAUAAAAAAAUUAAUUGGAUAUUUCGACAAUUUCAAUCAAUUUUUUAAAUUGAAUCAACCAAAGAAUUAAUUGAAUCAUUUUUUAAUUGGAUCAAUAUAAAAACUAAUCGGAAAUAUCAACAAUUUUUUAAUUGAAUAUUUUCUCAAAAAUUAUUGAUAUUAUCUUUUUCGUGACUGAAGCAAUUUCAAUUAAAAAAUUAAUUGGAUCAAUUAAUUUCGUGAAACCGAUUUUUAUUUUUUUCAGUGCAAGGCAAGAGUUGGUUUGCUGGCCCUCUCCAAAAUGUUGGAUUUCAAGACCAAUUUUCUGUGCAGCAAAACACCCAGAUAUUUCGAGCUUACUGUAAAUGGUACAUUCUCUCCUCCCAAUGAGACAGGUGCCACUCUAGGUAGCUUGUAUUUUGUCUUGCUCGGAUUUACGCCUAGACCACUUUCGGUAGCCCAAUUCGCUAUUGCAAGUAGAGCUUCCUGAAGUAUAUCUCUUAGAGUGUUGGGAAACUUUCUCCUAACAGCAAUAACCACGUUUGUUUUUACAUCUCUUUCUCCCAGAGACAAUAACAGCCACAUCAUUAACAUACGUGACCAUUUUUACAUCUUUUACGUGUAAAAAUGGUCGCGUAAGUGGAUGACGUGCCUAGUGCGGUUAAAAGACAGUACACCUCAAGGUAUUCCUCAGCUGACCCAUCUUUUAAGAUCCACAGAUCCCAAACCUGCCGUAACGCGUCUUUUAGUAAGUCAGUUAUAAAAACUUUCUUACGGUGGAGUUGAUGCCUAGAAACUCCAACUCGUUCAUGAUUAACGUCGGUUUCACAUUAUUGAAAGCACCUUCAAUGUCAAAAAAUGCUACCUAUGUAGCCUACUAGGUCGUGAAAGGCUAUUUCAGUAGACUUGCUGCCGCGACAGACGAUCUCCAGGAAUCUAUGCCCUAAGAUAUGUUUCUAUCAACCUCUCAAGAGUCUUCAGGAUAAAGGAUGGCGGACUAAUAGGACGAAAAUCUUUCGUCUUCGUGUGAUAAGGAUUUCCUGCUUUCGUAAUAAAAAUUACCUUUGUGUCCCUCAGUCCCACAGGUGUAUAUGAUAUACCAAUAAAAGCAGAGCAUAACUCCUUAAGCCAAGGAACCAGUCUAUCAGACACAGCUUGUAACCCGUCCAUCAGAUAUAGCUCCCACUUUGUAAUUAUAGGGUAGGUAUAGGGUAUUAUACAGUCGGCACAACAUUUUAGAAAAUUUACAAAACUAGUGUAAAAAACAUUAUUUUAAAAAAGAGAGGCAACCAAUGGUGUAACACUUAAAACUGUUAAUUUUAAGGUACUUCAAAAAUUGUUGCCACGAUCCAAUCAUUUCUAUGCAAGUACUCGCUAUUCACGUCAUACUGUUACACGUAUUGCGUUAGGUUACUAACUACUUCGUCAUGCUUUCUAUUCAUUCAUUUCACCAAUUUGGAUAUUAGCAUGUAUGUAUGCAUGUAAAACUUCCAAAUUUGCUACUUCUCGAGUGAAGUUUUCUUCUCUGCGACUUUGUACUGCUCCUGGUACGUAUGUCGAUGAUAUGGCCCCAAUAAUCUCAGGAACGAAGACUUUCUUACGGACUUUGGCAAGAUUCAGGAAUGGAGCAAACACUUAAAGUAACAAGUUAAUCUCUUUGACUCUAAAUAGAUGGCCUUUUAGUUUAGUGUGAUAUUGAAGAAGAAAAUUUUCCCACAAACAAUCAAACAUCGCAGUGAGUUCUCUUACAUAAAUGAGUUCUUUGAGAUAUCAGCUUUAGCUGAAUCUUCAGGAACCUGUCAUUUAUACGACAAAAUCUAUUUGUAGAGAUGUUCUCAUGGCCCCUUGGUAUGUCGGCCAACAAGAUUCAAAUCGCUAGGAGCACAUGAUCCGAGACAAAACGUAUAAAACAUACAAUCUACUAGAGGCGUCGUUCUGCUGAAUUUAAAUUUAGAUACAGUCGCCGCAUUAACACAUACUUCGCUUCGAUUUCUUAAGCUGCUACCACAUCUCUCAAUAGGAAAAUAGAGAGUGGAACGCCUACUCUUCACCAAUGCUAGGCAUAAAUGUAGUAUUGUGGUCUUUAGUGUAUUUCAACAUUCACACCCAUCGCAAUUUGAAUUCACAACCUAUAACCAAAAAUCCUCAAAACUUACCUAUCUACGAGUGUGUGUGAUAACUCUAAUCUCAUUAUUUAAAAAAAAAAAAAAACAGAAAGAAAAAGAUUAAAUUAAACACAAUAAAUCUAAAACAAUAAACGAAUGUUAAAAUUAGAAAUAUUUAUAAAUAUAGAGAGUAUAUACAUACUAUGACAAUGAUUAUUUAAAAUUGCUUUAACCACACACAUACAUAACCAAAGAAAAAAAAAUAAAAAAAAACAAUGUUAAUAAUUUCUUUAAAUAUCAGAGAAACUAUAUAGUUCCUAUUGCCAUUUAAUGUUUUGUUGCUAUAUAAUUGUUAUUACAUUAUUAUUAUUAAAUAGUUUGUUUAAGUAAAACUAUGUUAGAAAUCAAAAUUUCAUUAGAAAUUUCAUAAGAGUACAACACCCCAAAAAGACAAAAGAAUUUUAAACAAUUUUAAAUCUU